GAUUCUCUGGCGACACCCUUGGCCUCCUAGCCACAACCACGAGCAGGUUUACAUUCCCUAAGGACAGGGAAGCAGCGGGUUCCAGGGUGCCACAGUCCUGGUGGGGGAAGCCAGGCUUGCUUGCCUUGGCCAGAAAGACGCUCAGCUCAACUGGUUCGUCCCAUCAGCCUGUCCUGGUGAACCUGAAUUGCAAGAGAUAUUUCCAGGUUUGCUGGAAUGGGGAACCUGCUCAAAGUCCUUACCAGGGAAAUCGAAAACUAUCCACAUUUUUUUCUGGAUUUUGAAAAUGCCCAGCCCACCGAAGGAGAGAGAGAAAUAUGGAACCAGAUCAGCGCCAUCCUCCAGGAUUCUGAGAGCAUCCUCGCAGACCUGCAGGCUUACAAGGGAGCGGGGCCAGAGAUCCGAGACGCAAUCCAAAACCCCAACGACAUCCAACUUCAAGAAAAAGCUUGGAAUGCAGUCUGCCCUCUGGUUGUAAGACUAAAGAGAUUUUAUGAGUUUUCCAUAAGACUAGAAAAAGCUCUUCAGAGUUUAUUAGAAUCACUGACCUGUCCACCCUAUACGCCAACUCAACACUUGGAGCGAGAGCAGGCCCUAGCAAAGGAGUUUGCAGAAAUUUUACAUUUUACUCUUCGAUUCGAUGAGCUGAAGAUGCGGAACCCCGCCAUUCAGAAUGACUUCAGCUACUACAGGAGGACAAUAAGUCGCAACAGGAUCAACAACAUGCAUCUAGACAUUGAGAAUGAGGUCAAUAACGAGAUGGCCAACCGAAUGUCCCUCUUCUAUGCAGAAGCCACGCCGAUGCUGAAAACCCUUAGCAAUGCCACAAUGCAUUUUGUCUCAGAAAACAAAACCCUGCCAAUCGAGAAUACCACAGACUGCCUCAGUACCAUGACAAGUGUCUGUAAAGUCAUGCUGGAAACGCCGGAAUACAGGAGUAGGUUUACAAGUGAGGAAACACUGAUGUUCUGCAUGAGGGUGAUGGUGGGGGUCAUCAUCCUCUACGACCACGUCCACCCCGUGGGAGCUUUCUGCAAGACAUCCAAGAUCGAUAUGAAAGGCUGCAUAAAGGUUUUGAAGGAACAGGCUCCAGACAGUGUGGAGGGUCUGCUGAACGCCCUCAGGUUCACAACGAAGCACUUGAAUGAUGAAUCAACUUCCAAACAGAUUCGUGCCAUGCUCCAGUAGAGUGCUGCUCAGAGAAGAGGAUCUAUGUACUGACCUCAGAAGAUGUAUAUGUUUACAUAAUUUAAUACAGAUUGAUGUUAAUACUUGUGUAUUUACAUAACCAUUUCCUUCUUGACACUGAGAUAUCUGGACCUUAAUUUGUAUCCUGACUGACUCAACCCAGCACCGCGUAAAUUGACUGGCGAGCCUUACUUCGAUGUUUGAAACAAAACUCCCUGCUCCAAAGGCAAAUUUUGGAGACUUUGACCUUUGCCUCUGGACUCCUUUAACCACACCUGUAACAAUCACACACCCCUCCCAGUCUGUGACAGUGUUUUCCGGCUAGGUGUGUGAGCUCUCUGGUCAACAUAGAAACACAAGUAUUCGGUUUUCUGUCUUGGCUCAGCUCUGAGAAACAUAGCUGGUAUUCCGAGAGAGGGCGAGGAAUCCAAGAAAAGAAAAAUGUGUGUGUGGAGACGCAGACCCACCUGCUUUGAAUUCAGCAUGCCCCUUUCUCUUGCCUCAGAUGGCAAAGCACACGUGCACGUUUUGGGUUGGCAUGUGUGGUAUUUUAUCAGUGUCUUUCUGUCUUGAUGUAUCCCCUUUUAGCAUUGAUUUUCAUUUUCCAAGAGGACAAUGAACCUGUAUUUUAAUCCGUUUGGGAUAAAGAAGUGGAAUGAGUAGAGGGGUUAGAGUGUCUGGGGGGUGAAGGUCUUGGAAUUGGGUGAGAAGGAAGGACCCCAAUUGCAGGCAUUGAUCUGUCCCUACCCUGCAUUUGAGGACAAGGAUGGAGAACACUGGCUUUGAAAUCAGGAAAUGUUUUUCCGACCUUCCAGUUCUCUGCUGAGUCCUGGAAGUACCCCCCCACCCCGCCCCAGCUCACACCCCCACAGACGCAAUUGUCCUUGCAUUGAUUCGUGUGUGUCAGCGUAAACCUGUGUUCCACAGGGCUUUCAUGGCUGAGCUUUGGGAAGUAGAUUGCCAGGACGGUCUGCAGAGGCACCUCUUGGUGGACGGGAACUUCUAGGCUUUCUGUCAGCAGUCGAGCAUCUGAACCAUCGAAGGAAUCCCACUCUGCUCACUCUAGUUCUGUUCCCUGUGGUCCGCUCAUGUAGACAUGGAGUGCUGGGGCACUUUAUUCACUUAGCAGAAGAUGGAGAAGAGGGGGAAUUCCAAAAUUAGAUUGGGGGGAUGUCUGGUAUUCAAAAGCCAGCUGCUCCCAAACCUCCCCAGCAGCCUGCUGCCAUGUGUGAAGCUCCGUCUGCCCUGUAUCUGGAUCCUAACCCUUGCCCUUCUAAUGAGUCACAGUGUGAUUUGGGAAAUUUGUUCCAGCUCUCUGUGUCUCAUCUUCUUCAUUAAAAGGGGGGAAAUUUGGGGGGGGAAUUAAAAUACUCUCCAAGAGCCUUUUUAAGGCUAAAAACCAACAAGACAAUUGACUCCACCUUCCUUCUUUGGUGAUCAGUCUCUAGUAAGCAGUUCUCCACUUUAUUGUGAUGAUUAAUAACAUUAAAACAACUGAGUCAUUAUUCUUCUGUAGAUCAGAGCAGGCAGGGUGGGGUCCUGGAAAACCUAUAGCCUUAGCUCCCAUGGAAAAAUGAGACACAGAGAAUCCAGUCCCACAGGGUCACCUCCUUGUCAGGCUAGAACCCAGCAUGCUUCCAUCUUGACUCCAUGUUCCUUCUUUCCCACCAGGUGAUCUGUGAAUACAUGAGGCAGGACAGGGAUGAGCCUUCUUAGAUAGUCUUCCUCUAAAUUAGUUGUCUGUUUCUCAUCAAAGGAAAAAUGGCCACUAUGCUAAAGAUAAUCAAGCCAAUGAAUAUCUUUAAUAAAGAUAAAGGUAAUGAAGUGAAUCCCAGAAAGGGGUGGGGCGUGUGUCUCCAUCCGACAGGGCAUCACAUCAUAGCCAUAUCCCAAGGAAGGAGUUGUCAGGUCCCUUUGCUUUCCAGACAGUCCCGACAAGCUGCCAUUCACUGGAGUCUUCCAAGAAAUGGGGAGAGAUUGUGGUGUUGCUGACGUGGCCGUGGAGGUUGUUCUUUUGAAAACAAAGAAGCGCAGUCCCGUGGCUGGAGAGCGCUUUGCUACCGAGUCUGUCUUCUACAAUGAAUCCGUCAAGGGUGUGGGUAGACCCACUUCCGUGGAGUUUGCCAAGCUGACCAAUGAGUAGCUGUUUAGGCAGCCCUCUCAUCGGACCAGACAGGUAUGAGACAGUCUUUGGGAUUCUCUCAAGGCAAGGGGUCCGAAGACUCCAAAAAGGGGCAGGGGCCAGAUAAUGGUGUGAAACCAGGUGAGCAAAUUCAGUAACUAUGCAGUUGACCGCAUGGCCUUCUCUUCAGCAGUGGCAAGUGACGCUUGGAUAAAACUCGCUACUACAGUUAUGGAGACAGGCAAGGUUUCUAGGUCUCAGGCCCGUUUUCCUCCUCUCUGGAUGAGGAGAGGAAGGCUCCGAGGGAGGGAAGGGGUUGCUAUUCCUCACAGAGCUUACAUGGCACAGGUCUGGCACUCCCAAGUCACGUGACAGCACCACCGCUGCCUCUCAACUUGGUCAAGAAAAGGGGGGGAAAGUUUGGGGUUAUCUGUCGGGGUUUUUUAAAAGAAAAAAAUAUAUAGCAGAGUAAAUAGUUGAGCACAUUUGUAAUUUUUCAUUAGAAUUUCUGUCAAAUGGGACCAAACACAUGGGUCGCCCAAUUUUGCCUGGAUACCUCGUCUCUUAGCCAAAAGGCACCAGCAUAUGGAUUCUGAAAAGCCCGCUGCGUGAAUCGUUGCCUGAUUAUGAGAACAGGUUAAGUGAAUGUCUGUGAUCACUGACAGGUGAUGGGCCUUAGGUCCGCACCACAGCUACGGUGGGAGACAAAUUCCUUGAUCUUACUGUCCCCCAGGCAUCAGAAGGCUUGGAACAUCACACUUACUUGGGCAGCAUGCACAUGGGCACAAGACCGGUGUGUGGUUUAGGGGAAAGUGCUAGAGACAGUGUCAAUAUCAGUGUUAAUGUAUCUCAUAUUUGAUGUCUCAUUGUUUUCGGGUAAACAGUGGUUUUCAUGGCUCAGAUAUUUAUUUGGGGGCAAGCAACAAGGUGAAAAUGACAUUGUUCAGAUGCACUGCUACUUUGAACUUAGGACUUCUUCCUCAGUAGGAACGCGAAAUAAAAACAAUUGAAAAUAAAUGUUUUUGUUUGAACUGACACAUUCUAAACGCACUUCCAGCGAGUCAGUGCCGACUCAGCAAGACGGUAACUGUUUAGGAGAGUCGAAAGCCCUGUUUUUCUCCCAAGGAUCGGCUGAUGGUUUCAAACUGCAGACCUUGAGGAUCAUAGCUCAAUGAGCAACCACUAGGGCUACAGCAUCUAUCAAUGUGGAGCAAACAUUAGGCAUUAUCUAUUAACUACUAGUUAAUAUCAUAUUCACCAAACUUUGUUUCCAGUCUUACCAUGAAAUCAGUUUAUUAACAGUAAGUAAGCCGAACACUUGAUGUAGCAUCAUAGUUAAGUAAAAACAAUUCCAUUUCCCUUCAAAAGAAAACUCAAACAUGCCCAUUUUGAAACCCCAGUAGUUUGAUACAUUUCUCUCAUUGAAUUUUGCAUCCUACACAGCAACUAUUUCUUAGAUGUUAAUGAUAAACAUGGAAAGUUUCCCUGAAGGAGCCCAAAACCUUGGAAUCAACUUCCUUGCUGCAACUAUAAAAACUGUUGCACACAUAACGCUAUUUGAAAAGGGUCCUAUGCUGUUUGCUGAAGCCAUUGUAAUUUUUUUUUUGCCUGCUUUGCCUCUUUUUGUACAGAAGUUUUGCGUGUGAAAUGAAAAUUAAAGUUUGGUACAUAUAUUUAAAAUGA